AUGGAGAUGUCCCUUAGUGAUGCUAUGAAAAUAGCACUCUCGAUAAAGAAGUAUGUGAAGGAUAUGACGUCUCCAAAUUAUCCAACUGCUGAACAUAGCGUGUUGAUGGUGUCAGAGGAAGUAAGCGCCAUGAUUCAAGGAGAAGCUCCAGCUAAGAGGCCUGAUCCUGGUAGUUUCGUCCUAGAUUGCAAUAUACAGAACACGCGUUUUCCUCGAUCACUAUGUGAUCUUGGCCCUAGCGUAAAUCUUAUGCCUUACUCCGUUGCAGUAACCUUGGGUUAUAAUGAGUUUAUGACAACUCCGAUAACCUUGGUUCUAGCUGAUCGAUCUAUCAGAGUACCUGAAGGAAUUCUCGAAGACAUUCCCGUAAAAAUUAAUAAUUGCUUCGUGUCUACGGAUUUUGUUGUGUUAAAAUACAGACAGGAACCAAAAGACCCCCUCAUUCUGGGUCGGCCAUUCCUAGCUACAGCUGGAGCGAUCAUUGAUGUGAAAGAAGGAUGGAUAAAUUUGAACAUCGGGGACAUCUCGAUGAUCUUUGAUAUGAAAAAGCUAAUCAAGCGACCCUUUAUAUAUGACCAAGCCUUCUAUGUGGAAGAAGUUUCUGACCUGGAAAAAGAAUCUUUCAUAGACAUGUGCUCAGACGACCCCUUAGAAAAUGCCCUUACCCAUAUAGAAAGGGAGAUCUUCAGCAUAGAUAACAGAACAGACGAUUACGUGCGACUGAUGGAUGCAAGUAUCGAGGUUGCGAACAUCGAAGAAGAUGAUGACUCAGACAUUAUCGUCGAUCGAUACCUCAGGGAGGCCAUCGAUCGACAACCAUCUUCAUUAUCUAAUUGGUCUAAAGACAAAGCACCAAAAGUUGAAUUAAAACCCCUCCCCAAUGGUCUUAAAUAUGCAUUUCUUUAUGACCAAUCCUGUCCUGUUAUUGUCAAUGCUAAUCUUACUAGUGGAGAACUUGCUUUAUUAUUAAAUAAACUACGCAAGUACAGGAAAGAAAUCGGGUACUCUCUCGAUGAUAUUCCUGGUAUUUCUCCUGAUCUCGGCAUGCACCGUAUUCAUUUGGAAGACGACGUAAAAACGUCGGUAGAACAGCAAAGGAGAUUAAACCCUUAUUUAAAGAAGUAG